AUGGUAGAACGGACAAAGGGUUUUACUGGAGCCCCCACGGAGAAACAGAGGAAAAAGAAGAAGAAGAAGAAGGACGAGGAGGAGGAGAACAAUCGGAAGAGGAAGAAGGACAAGAACAGGAACAAAAACAUGAAAUCAAGCAGAACAAUAUCUGCUAUCGGAGGUUUGAGCACCAACACCAGCACCACCAAUAGUACCACCAACACCAGCAGCACCAGUACUACCACAAGCACCAGCACCACCAAUACUACUAGCAGCACCACCAAUACUACAAGCAGCACCAGCACCGGCACCAACACCAGCGCCACCAAUACUACUACCAGCACCACCACCACCAAUACUACCUCACCAGCACCAACAUCAGCACCACCAAUACUACUACCAGCACCGCCAAUACUAACACCAGCACCAACACCAGCACCGCCAGUAGUACCAACAACACUGCUAAAACUACCACAACCACCAGCACCAUCAGCACAACCACCAACACCGACAAUACUACCAUCAGCAGCAUCAGCUCCACCACCACCACUACAACUACCACAGCACAGCCAGCAAAACCAACACUACCACCCACCCAGACACCAGUCGCCACACUUACAGCAGCAUCAGCUCGCCAAACAAGGAUGUUUGAUGUGA